CAAAUAGUGCUACUUCCGUAUACAUUAUUUUUACUUGAAUGCUAGUUGUGUUUGUGUGUAAUUAAAUCGAAUUAAAACAUACUUUAAUUAAUCAAAGAGGAGAAAUUGAAGCAACAAUAAGUCUUUAAGCUAAUUAUCUAAACCAUCAACUAGCUGGAAACAUGGCAAAGCUUGACAACUUCUCAAAAUAGCAAUCAAUUUUGUCAAUCAGUCAAUGUUGUAGAUGGACUCCAUUUUAACUUGAAACCAAUUUUGUACUACUAGGAACCAAGUCUUCCAUUCAUGUUGUACAUAAACUUUCAACAAAGGUGUGUCAAAUAUAACUGAUGCACACCAUUUAGGGAUACUGAAGUAUUAACUAGAGCAAUUUCUUCAGAUAUCAUACUCCGUACUAAAAAUGGAAAUGUAACUCUCAUUAAAAUACGGUCAUACAUAGUUAAAGCAUAGUUCACAAAGCAUACUCCAUACUGUAAAUGGAAUUGUAACUCAUGUUAAAAUACGAAUGGAAUGUAGAUUUUCAAUUUCCAGUAACAUAAUGGAGUACCUCAAGUUCUUCUAAUAAAAAAUUAUCCGCAGCUCAGCUGCUAAUUUAUUUGGCAAAGCAUCAUCUAAGGAGUACAUUAUUCAAUGUAUAAGCACAUUAUUAUUGCAACAUUAUUCAUCCAUGAAAUCGGGAUCUCGAUCUUUCUUAAACUCAUUGACUUCCUCAUCAUCCCCUGUUCCUGUUCAAUUCUUUCUGAAAGCUCAUUGACUUCCUCAUCAUCCCCUGUUCUUGAUCAAUUCUUUCUGAAAACCCAUUGACUUCUUCAUCUUCCCCUGUUCAAUUCUUUCUGAAAACACAUUGACUUCUUCCUCUACCCUUAUUCAUUUUUCUGAAAACACAAUCCAAUGGCCGAAAUCGGAAUCUCCAUUGCUGCAAAACUCAUUGAAGUGAUGGGCAGUGAGAUCAUUGAAGAGAUUUGCGACGCUUGGGGCUACAAAACUCAUCUUAAAGACCUCAACACUACUGUGUCCACCAUCAAGGACCUGCUCCGUGAUGCCGAGGCGCAGCGAGAGCUUUCCCCUAGACAGCAAGGUUACAUUGCGGAUCUCAAGGAGGUUGUUUAUGAUGCUGAUGAUUUGUUUGAUGAGUUCCUCACUCUUGCUGAGAUGAACCAGAUUCAUCGCAACAACAAGGGUGCUAAACUCUCUGAAAAGGUACGGAGUUUCUUUUCUUCUAGCAAAGACAAAAUAAGUGAAGCAUAUAGAGUGUCUCGUAAGGUUAAGGACAUUAAGAAGGAGUUGAAUGAAAUAGUCGAAAGGCAUACCAAAUUUGGGUUUAUUGUUGAUUAUAAACCUAUUAUUAGGAGAAGGGAGGAAACAUGUUCUUAUGUAGAUGCCAAAGAUAUUAUUGGGAGGGAUGAUGAUAAGAAGGCCAUUAUAGAUAUGUUGCUAGAUCGUAAUGGUAAUGAAGAUUGUUGUUUCCUGACAAUAGUGGGAGUAGGAGGGUUGGGCAAAACUGCUCUUGCUCAACUUGUGUAUAAUGAUGAAAAAAUCAAAAGCGAAUUUCCAGAUUUGAGGUUAUGGGUUUGUGUUUCAGAUCAAGACGGAGAACAAUUUGAUGUGAAAACAAUCCUUUGUAAGAUUCUUGAGUUGAAACCUAAUGAUAGUUCCUCACUUCAAAUGGUGCAAAACCAAUUUCAAGAGAGAUUAGGAGGAAAGAAGUACUUCCUUGUUCUUGAUGAUGUAUGGAAUGAGAACCGUGAGACGUGGCUUUCUUUGGAAAAGCUCUUAAUGUUGGGUCAACGGGAAAGCAAGAUUGUGGUAACCACUCGUUCCGAGACGACAUCAACUAUCAUAGGGGAUACACAUGCCUAUGAAUUACAAGGUUUAGCCCAGGAGGACUCGUGGCAUUUGUUUGAGAUGUCUGCAUUUCACAAAAAAUGUAAACAGGAUAACCAUAAUGAGUUCGUUGAGAUUGGGAGGAAGAUUGUUGCAAAAUGUUAUAACAUUCCUCUCGCUAUAAAGGUGGUAGGAAGUCUUCUAUUUGGCCAGAAUAUAGUUAAGUGGCGGUCAUUUGAAGCGAGUGGAUUAGCUCAAAUUGGCAAUGGUGAGAAUCAAAUUAUGUCAAUAUUAAAGCUCAGUUACCACAAUCUUGUACCUUCAUUGAAGAGUUGCUUUAGUUAUUGUGCAGUGUUUCCCAAAGAUUAUAGAAUACAGAAGGAGAAGUUGAUUGACCUUUGGAUGGCACAAGGAUAUGUUGUGCCGUUGGAUGGGGGUCAAAGUAUAGAAGAUGCUGCCGAGGAACAUUUUGUAAUUUUGUUACGGAGAUGUUUCUUUCAAGAGGUAGAGAAUGAUCAAUCGGGUGAUGUAUAUUCUGUUAAAAUCCACGACUUGAUGCACGACGUCGCUCAAGAAGUGGGGAGGAAGGAAAUCUGUGUAGUGACUUCAAAUACAAAGAACUUGGGUGAUAAAAUUCGUCAUGUGGGUUGUUUUGUUGAUAAAUGUCCUCAAAUAAUCUCUUUGUAUAGCAAUAAGAUUCGGUCGUAUAUUAGAGGUCUUUGCAAAGAACCUCGGGUGGAUAUACGAAUAGACUACAUGAUGUGCCUUAGGGUGUUGGACUUGUCAUAUUCGUAUGUUAGAAAUUUACCUGAUUCAAUAGGUAAGUUGUUGCACUUAAGGUAUCUUAACCUAUCUGGUAAUCAUGAUAUGGAGAUACUUCCUGAUGAAAUUACAAGACUGCAUAAUUUGCAGACAUUACUUUUAAACUGUUGCAGAAGUUUAAAGGUGUUGCCAAAAGAUUUUUGCAAAUUGGUCAAACUGAGGCACUUGGAUUUAGAGUAUUGUAAUGAUUUGAUUGGUAUGCCAUUGGGAAUGGAUAAGCUAACUAGUCUUAGAGUAUUAACAUACUUUGUGGUGGGUAGGAAGGAACCAAGUGAUGAUGAGCUGAAAGCCCUAAAAGGUCUCACCAAGAUAAAAGGCUUCUUUGAUAUCGGAAUCGGUAAAAAUAAUAGAUUAGUUGAAGGCAUGAAUGCCACAGGAGGUGGUGGGUAUUUGAAGGGUAUGAAACAUCUCAGGGGAGUUGGUAUUGGAUUUGAUAGCGACAGUGACAGCGAUGGCGAUGACGAUGACGAUGACGAUGAUAACCUUGAAGCUGCAGAUGGUAAUAGAUUUGAUGUUGAUAGAUGUGUUAACCAUGAAGCUGUGUUGGAAACCCUGGAGCCACCUCCAAAUAUCAAGAGGUUAUAUAUACGAGAUUACGAUGGUACAACAAUCAAUUGGACAAUUUUUCCCUCAAAUCUUGUCGACAUCAUGCUUUGGAAUUGUGUAAAUUUACAGAAGCUGCCAGUGGUGAGUAAACUGCCUCAUCUGAAAUCAUUAAAUCUUGAAUCCAUAUAUAAAUUGGAGUACAUGGAGAGUACAAGCAGCAACAGUAGCAGUGACACAGAAGCAACAACACCAGAAUUACCAACAUUCUUCCCUUCCCUUGAAACGCUUGAAUUAUACCAUAUGGAAAAGUUGAAGGGUUUUGGGAACAUAAGAUCGAGUAGUUUUCCUCGCCUCUCUGAAUUGGAAAUCAGGGGAUGCCCAAAUCUAACGUCAUUUCCUCCUUGUCCAAACCUCUCAGAAUUAACAAUCGAUAAUUGCCCAAACCUAACGUUAUUUCCUCCUUGUCCAAGCAUCUCAAAAUUGACAAUCCAGAAUUGCCCAAACCUAAUGUCAUAUCCUCCCUGUCCAAGCCUUGAAGAGUUGAAAUUGAAAGGAAACAAUGAAGCUUUACAAAUAGCAGUAAAAAUAAUAAGAGGUAAAGAAGAAGAAGACAAUGCUGGUGCUGGAAAUUCACAAGAUGAUGACAAUGUAAAAUUACGGAAGGUGAAAAUAGACAAUCUGGGUUAUCUCAAAUCACUCCCCACAAAUUGUCUUACUCACCUCGAAAUAAAGAUUCUAUAUGAAACCGAUGUGGAGAUUGAAUUGGAAGUUGUGGAGGCAUUUCAGAAGUCUGCAUCUUCUCUGCAAAGCCGCCACAUAGACGGAAUAAAUAAACUGAAUAGACUUUUCAGAACAACAGGGCUGGAGCAUUUCACUGCCUUGGACGAACUCAAAUUUGUAAAUAUAAACGACCACCAAACCCGCAAAACUCUCCAUCUACAUUAUUGUCCUAAAUUGAAUUCCCUUCCAGAAUGGAUAAGAAGCUUAUCAUCUCUUCAAUCCAUGACCAUAUGCCUCUAUCCAGCCUCCUUCCUUCAGAGACUUACGAUAUGGAUAGACUAUCCCAAAAUUCAACACAUCCCCAAAAUUAUCCUGAAAGACGAUUGAUUCUGAAUGCACCCAACCUUCAGGUAAAGUCCGGCUUACUCAUCCUUUUUAUCCAGUUUUCAAGUACUAGCACUGUUUUGUCAUGCACCAUUUUGUCGGGAUCAAUUCUCUAAUUGUUGUACACCGUGGUUUAUGUACACUGUGGUUUAUGUUGUUGUUAGUCCUGUAAGAGGACAUGGAUACAUCACGAACAACAGUCCUGUAGUCCAGUGACUGUGGUAUAGAGAAGGUUAAAUUGGAGCAUAUAACCCCAUGUCAAUUGAAUGGUAAAGAUGUGCUAUCUCAGUUUCUUUUGGCUUGUUUACCUGAAAAAUGGCUGGUUAUUUAUCCUCGUGUUUUUCUAUGAUGUUUAGGUGCAGUUGCUUGUUAAUGCGUCUCAGGCAGUAAUUCCUCACUUUCCAAGUUCCCAUACAUGUCUCGUUUUGUACUCAUUUUGCCUCGUGCUCUAAUUAUAAGUUUUUGAGUUCUCAUUUUGCCUCGUGCUCUAAUUAUAAGUUUUUGUACUCAAUAAUUCAACUCCGUCUCCUGGUAUUUGCAGUGACUACUUGACAACCCUGGUGAAGUUGUCGUCUGAGCAGACUUUUUCUUUAGUUAUUCUUAUAACUAAUAUGGCUUAUAAUUCUUUCAGCUGCAUCCAUAAAGAAGCUGGAGGUUUAUUCGGGAUGUGAAGCGAAGUACUUCAGAAUUGCUUGUGUUCUCUCCAAUUCCUGGAAUGUUUUCUAUAAUGUGGACAUUAGUCGAGAAGAGGAUGGCACGUCAUGGAGAACUCUUUGAGCAUCAGAGUCUUCAUUGCUUGGAAUUAUAGUUUCUCACAAGGCUGGUGAAUUUUUCAGAGGGGUUUCUGUACUUAAUCACAUUAUAAUCAUAGCGGAAUCUCACAAAUGAAUUAAUUAACAGCGUAAAUGCAAGUCUUGGCAGCCAUGCUAUAUGAAGAGCUGAUUAAUAAAUUCCUCUGUACAAGCAUAUUGCUUAAUCUGCUGGAAACAAAAAUCUAGUGCUUCCUCUUCCUGCUUUUAUUGCCAUUGUUCCCAUGCUGGAAAUAAGCGUGCUAGCAGUGUGUAAUCGAUGAUUGCAGGGUGCUAAUGUGUUAUUGAAUGAGAUGGAUGUUGCUGCUUCUAAGUUUGAUCAUAAAAAACUGUUAUGUGUUUCUUGAAUGUAAUGAAGAAGAGAUGAAUAUUGAAAACUCUUGGCAAAAACACAAAAUUGCAGUGCACUCAGGUUCAGUUCUGACUUCUGACGAUCCUUUGUCAACCCGGUUUGUUCCGGUUUUCAGCUUCGGGUUUUCCUUGUACUUUUUGGGCACACAUAAAAGGCUCAUUCGUGUUUUAGAAACCUACUCUUCUCCUUUUUUUCACCUUCCAUUGUAAAAGUUCCUCAGUUGAAGGGUAAUAAAAAAAAUGCUCCAAUUCUCGUAGGGUGGAUGUAGGUCAUAUUGACCGAACCAUGGUAAACCCUUGUGUUUCUUCUUCUCUCUUUGUUUCUCAUAUUUACUUACAUCACUUUAUAUCAAUGUUUUUAAUGCUUAUUUUACACAUUAAACAACUAAUUUACCAGAUACUCCAUUUUACACAUGCAACUAAUUCAACCAGUUAGUCAAACCAGAUAAUACAAACGCCUAAACAGUCAAACAGCUAAUUACCAAACAGGGUUGACAUGUCUUAUGCCUUUGUGAAACUCUAAGUUACCAACCUAAGUUCAACUACACCCUCCCUAUAAACAUUCAUUUACAACGAAAGUUACACCUAAAACCCAACAUAUUAUUACUAAACUAUCUCCAAUUAAUCAAACUAAAACACAUAAUUUAUGUUAACUAAUACAAAAACUACAUUAUAUAAAGAGUAGAUAUUGAAGAAACUAUAAGCUAAGAAAAACAUGGCAAAGUCUUCUUACCAACUUCUCAAAAUAGCAACCACAAUAACACUCAUAUUCUUCUUUGAACUAAUAUGUAUCAUGAAUUCAAGUUUCGUUCAAGCUAAUAACACAAACAUUCCUCAAAGAUUCACCUUCAUUGUUGUACGUAAUCAUGACGUCAAGCCUAUUAAGGUAGAAUGUUCUCAUGAUUCCGGUAACAUUAAGGAGGUUUCUCCGAUGAAAUGGGUGAGAAUUCCGGUGCCAUUGGCUACGCCGCCGCCUAGACACACAACGGUUUGUUGGGGUCGACGCGAAAACGGGUUUUGUGAGUCGGUUUUGUACGUCGAAGACGGCGAUGCGAAGAAAUGUACGCCGGAAAAAUGUUUCACGGUGGUUGCUAAUAGUACCGGCGUUUACCGGCGUGACCGUCAUUUUCAUGCAUGGGAGAAUCUUGGUGAAUUUUGUGAGGAACAUUAAUUAGGUAUGGUUAAUUUUAGGGGAAGGUUUAAAUAUUGACAUUUUAUUUAAAAAAACUUAUAUAGACAUAUUAUCUAAUUAUAUAGGACGCUGUUUUCGUUCUAUCCUACUAUAAAGUGGUAAGGAGUUUACACAUUGUGACUUGGGUAAGUUGGAUUGUCGAAAGGUGGAUUCAACUCACAAUUUGGCACAGAUAGCCGUGAAUGAUGGGAUUACGUUUGCAACUUUUACGCGUGAUCUGAGCCAAAUUAGAUUAGGUUUUUCAAUACUUUUCUUUUGUUUAGCGUAUUUAUCGUAUGUCAAAAACAAAAAUCUCAAUUUAACACGCGGGAAGAAAUUAGAGACAUGUAUUCCCAAAAAGAACAGGGAAAUUGGUAAAACAAAAGCUAAUAAAUCAUUUUUAGUUAAACAUAGAUAAGUAAUCAAUUACUUCGUACUCUAUACUCUAUAGUAUUGUCACCAUAAUUUCCUCUUAUUAUGGAGUAAUUAAUAAAAUGAUAAUUAAUGAUGUUACGUUGAUGA